AUGCAGCGGACUGACCCUCUCCCCUCUCAAGGACUCUCCUACGAGCGAUUCCCGCGCUCACACUCCUCCGAUUCCAGCGGAUGGCCAGCCCACGGGACCGACUUUGAAGAGUCUUGUCACCGAUUCAAGAGGUGCCCGGCUCUAGAGAUGGUCCUCGAGCGUCACUGGUCGCUCGGACCUAGAAAGCAGGAGUGGGCGACGGGUCUCAAUACUCUCGUUCCCUGCGCACUCCCUUCACUGAAUGUCUCUCAGCGGGUGCUGGGCGGCGUGCAGCGACGAGAGUGCAGAGGUCUCCCUCUUAUACUACCCACUGUCGGUAGCGAUGAUAAUUCAAUGUGCAUUAAGUUGUGUGGGUUCUCCAUCUAUAUUCACCUCUCACCGAGCGUUCCCCGAUGGGCACGGCGCAGUGACAUGUGCGUCGUGGAUGAAUUCGACGACGCGAAAUUCACUUUCUUACAUGAACUACUGGUGAACCUGACUUCUACUUGGCCCGAUACUCCCGGCCGCGAGCAACGACACCGGAUGGGGGGUUCCGAGUCCGGAUAUUGUUCGUCAGAUCAUCACCCGUGGGCUGGGCUGUCGCAGAGCCUCGCAAAGGCCGCAGAAAUGCUUCAUAUCCAGCCGCCCGCCGGUGCGCAAAUCGAUAUACAAUACAGGGGGUUUCAGUCACAAUGGGACGUACGGCUCAACGCGACGGAACGUGGUGUACUCCAGGCCUUCUUCUAUACGGCACAGUGGUCAGCGUGGCGAAGAAGGAGGCGACGAAACGUCCAGCGCGUUCGCGAUGAAGUCCCCGGCUGCGGGCAGGUCCAUCACCGACUGGGGCUGGGGGGCACUGCCGGGAUGGCGUACGAGAUCGCGAGACCACGCCAGCCGGGUGGAUAUCGCGAAGGCGAAGCGGAGGGAGAGCAGGUAGCCCUCGGUGCGCGCGGGGAUGUUCAAGUGGUGGCAGUCGAUAGCUCCUCGGAGGACGGGCUGAUGAAAGAGGAAAUGAAGCAGCUGUCGUCGGUGGGGAUGCAGACGAAGCCCGGGCGGCGAGCCUGCAUUCGGUCGAUGGCCGACCCUGUGCGUCUCUGGAGCUCCGUGCGUGCAUGGACAAGCUGA